CCGGAGCCGGAGGCGGAGCCGGAGCCGGCCGAGGCCGGGAAAGCCGAGAGCUCGGAGGGGGGGGCGGCGGCGGCGGCGGCACCGGAAGCGUCGGCGUCGCCCAAGCAGCGGCGCUCGAUCAUCAGGGACCGGGGGCCCAUGUACGAGGACCCCACCCUGCCCGAGGGCUGGACCCGGAAGCUGAAGCAGAGGAAAUCGGGGCGCUCGGCGGGGAAGUUCGACGUCUACCUGAUCAACCCGCAGGGGAAGGCGUUCCGCUCCAAGGUGGAGCUGGUGGCCUACUUCGAGAAGGUCGGCGACACCUCCCUGGACCCCAACGACUUCGACUUCACCGUCACCGGGCGCGGGAGCCCCUCGCGGCGCGAGCAGCGCCCGCCCAAGAAGCCCAAAGGCGCCAAGAGCGCCGGCACCGGGCGAGGCCGCGGCCGCCCCAAGGGCAGCGGCGCCCCCAAAGCCCCCAAGGCGGCGGCCGAGGCGGUGCCCAAGCGCGGGGGGGCGCUGGAGAAGAGCCCGGCCAAGCUCCUGGUGAAGAUGCCGUUCGCGGGCGGCGCACGCGGUGCCGGUGACGCCGGAAGCGGAAGCGGCGCCGGAGCCGCCACCACCUCGGCGCAGGUCCUGGCUGUGAAGCGCCCCGGCCGGAAGCGGAAAGCGGAGCCCGACCGGCACGGGGCGGCGCCCAAGAAGCGAGGCCGCAAACCGGCGGCAGGCACCGGGCCCGGCGGCGCCGGCACCGGCGGGGGAGCGGCGGCGUUGGCGGCGGCGGCCGAAGCCAAGAAGAAGGCGGCGGCGGCGGCGGCGGCGCCCGCGGUGCAGGAGACGGUGCUGCCCAUCAAGAAGAGGAAGACGCGGGAGCCGGCGCUGCUGGAGGCGGCCAAACCGGUACCGGCGCCGCCCGAACGCGGUCCCCGCAGCCCUCGCGCCGCGCGCGGCAGCCCCAAAGGGCGCGGUGGUGGCGGUGCCGCGGUGCCGGCGCCCGGCCGGAGGGAGCUGGGGGGGUCUCCGGUGCCGAGCGAGCCCCCCCCGGGCAGCCCCAAGGACAGCGGCAGCGCCGCCGCCGCGCCCCCCCCCGCGGCGCAGGACUGCAGCGGCUGCUCCCAGCACCGCGGCGCCGCGGCCGCCCCCGACGGCUGCGCCACGGCAAAGACUCCGCUGGGGCGGGCGCCGGGGGGGGACCCCGAGGCCAAGGACGCUGCUUCCUCCUCCUCCUCCUCCUCCUCCUCCUCCUCCUCCUCCUCCUCCUCCUCCUCGUGCUCGUCGGCGCCGCCGCCCCCCCCCCGCCCAGCGCCGCGGUGCCGCGGCCGCCGCCACCGCCCCCCCCCCGCGACGAAGCGGUCGACACCAGGACGCCUGUGCCCGAGCGGGUCAGCUGACUGUGAGCCAACCAAUCACGGACCCAGGAUGGACACAUUGACCCCUCCCUCCUCCACUGCCCCCCCUCCCUCCAUCCCCCCCCAUCACCCUGAGCCCCCCCCCCUUCCAUCCCAGCCCCCCCCGUCUAUGACCGAGAAGCACAGCGAGGCCCCCCCACAAGCACUAAAAGGGGGGGGGGGGUGGCCCCAGGGACCCCCCCUUGAUGUGGGGGGGGUGAAGGGGGCUCUGGGGGCCAUGGGGGGGGUUCGGGGUCCACCCCCCCUCCCCCAACGCCGCCGCUUCAUUCGUUCUUCCAGUUCCGUGCCCCCGUUUUUAGGUAGGAACCAUUUGCACUAAGGGGG